AUGGAUACUGAUACUGAUACCGAUACUAAAAGACCACCAGAUAAACACAUGCUGGAGAUCUUCCAGGACGCCUUUUCUUUGUUUGUUGGCUCUCUUUCAGAUGACGAAUGGAAAGAUUUGCAGAUUUACCAAUCUGCAGAGGCAAUGACGAUUGCAAUCAAAAACCAAGUCAAUGAGGAGUCCAACCAUUAUCGAAAGCGCAAACUGGGGAAAUGCAUGGAGGCUAUUCGUGAAUUUGGACAAAAUUUGAAACCAUACUUUGCAGUUGUUGACAUCUUUGUCCAAACAAACCCCCAGUAUGCAGGAUUAGUAUGGGGUGCAUUGAGGCUACUUUUUCAGAUCAGUUCGAACUACAUUGAGUAUCUGGAGAAGCUCAGUUCGAUGUUUCAGAGUAUGUGUAUAAUGCUGGAGGUGUACGAAGAGCACUACAAAAUUUUCCGGGAGAACGUGAAGGACCCGGACAAGACUGUCACCAUUCGCCUUCGGAAGGCUCUGGCAAAUAUAUACGUCGACAUAAUUCAGUUGUGUUAUCGAGCCAUUCGCCUUUUUACCUCGAAGAAACAUGCUAGACUACGGUUCAGGAGAAGUUUCAUUGGGCGACUGAUGUGGAGGCCAUUUGACUUGGACUUCGAAGGACUCAAGCAGCGUCUUGAGCAAAGCAAGACACUUUUUGAGUAUGAGGCAACAAGGUCAACGCAGGAAGUGGCACUGCGGUUUAUCAAGGAAUAUGAUGACUGGAUGGAGAAGCUAGAAAGACAAAAGGCGGAUCCUGAAGAGGCCCUUAAAGACAAGAAAAAAGAGAUUGAACAGCUAGAUACCCGUGUCCAAGAGCUCGGCCAAUGGAUCGAUGCGCCGCUGUGGAAAGACCUCUAUGAAGAGGCUUCUAUGUUUCGGGAACCCGGUACAUGUGACUGGAUAUUGGAAGAUCCCCUUUACAAAAAUUGGAGGCUCCAUAAACACAGCGAAAAGCCUAUUCUCAGUAUUCAGGCUGAUUCCACUGGUGUAGGAAAACCGGGAUUUGGAAAGACAACUAUCUGCCCAGUUGUAAUUGACAAUCUUGUAAAACAGCAGGCGUCGUCACAACCACUGCCACACAACGUGGUUGCAUACUACUUUUUCAACAGGCCGAUUGGUCAAGACACCGCAGGCCUAGCAUUUCGCUCUAUUCUGGUACAGCUGCUACAGAGCCUUCGCCACGAGACCAUAGCAGUGGACAUAGCAUCUACUCUCUGUGACCGGAAAGUAAUUGGCCAGCGACGGGCUACGGACAAUAAAGUAGUUGCCGUCCUUUGCCUUCUUUUCAAACGCUUCCCUUCCAGUAUUGUGAUCGACGCUGUUGAUGAAUGUAGCGAUCCAAAUAACUUCUUGAAUAGGAUUUGCGACUUAACACAUAGAUUUGAAAGCACAUCGUUCGUUAUAUUUUCGCGGCCAACUAUCGAGAUUCCGGAAUCGUGGGAGGGGAAGUUUGAUAUCUUGAACCUCCGCGGAGAACACAACGCAGGCGAUUUGACGCUUUUCGUGAAAUGCAAAGUGGAAGAACUUAUGGCGAAAACGCUUUUACCAACAGCGUGUUCAGACGUCUAUGUUGAGAAAAUUGUUCCUCGAGCCAAUGGGAUGUUCCUCUGGGUGAAACUGCUCAUCAAAUUCCUUCAGCUGAGGAGGCUUACCGUGAACCAAAGACUCGACGCUAUCGAAAAUCUGAACCGGUUGGAGGGUCUUGACGCUAUAUACGCAGAAAUAUCGCGUAAUCUGAGUGAUGGUGCAGCAACAGAGUGGGAUAUUAAUAUCAUCAAAGGCUUCCGGUGGAUCCUCGGUGCCCGCAGACCUAUACAUGUGGAGGAGCUGCUCGAGGCGAUCAUAGUUCCGUUCGAUAGACCACGAACCAUCGGUGAUAUAAUACCUGAUUUUGAAAAAUCAUUUGGCUCAAUUUUCGGAGGCCUUCUCGAGCUCACAACCACAAAAAUGGUUCAAUUUAUCCACAUGUCGGCCUAUGAGUUUUUCGCCCCAACAGAGCGAGCUGGUAUGUCUAACCAGCCAGUAACAAAAUUUCAGUCCGACAAAGUGGAAAUCCAUAUGACCAUUGGACUCACUGCUCUCGCAUAUCUCGUCCAUACGGUUCCCGCUGAACCUCUUAGCGGUGACCGUAACGUGAUUCCUGACGCCUCUUUGACCCGAGUGAAGUUUCCUCUUCUACCGUAUGUUGCUCAAUAUUGGUCUCAGCAUAUCGUCGAGGCCAUAACGCAAUGUACCCGGGCAUUAGAUAUCUACCGUGACGGCCAUGAUCACCUAAUUCGCCUCCUCCUUGAAUUCGUUUACAGUAAGCCAAGAGUCACAAUGUGGUUGGAGGCUUCUUGGUUAUUCCGAAACCCACCAGUAGUCUGCCCGCUUCCAGACAACACGUUUAAUGCAACUGGUAAUUACGAUUCUCGGCUUUCUGAAGUCAUCAAGGAAACGUCCCGCUUCUCCGAGGAUGUCAAAAUAUUGAACAGCUCAUGGUCCUAUAUCCUGGAAAAGGAACCGAACGAAGUUUGGGGAGAUAGUAUUCGAGCAUUCAGCGAAUCAAAAUACUUGCAGACAGCAGAUAGUCGAGUCGUCUUUGUUGCUCAUCCAGAGGACACAGACGCUAGGAGCAUUUUGCUCCAAACCCAAGUUUCGGGAGACUCUAUGCGGAUCGCGACAGUUCGAUUGAUACCCCCAGAUUCCCUGCUGAAAGGUCCUCGUCAGAGAGGGGGUCCACAGGAUAUCGUCGAUUGGCAAAUGCGUUAUGAUUUAUGGACUGUUGACGGCGAGAAACGCUUGUGCUCGUUGGUGUGGGAAGUUGACCCGGCAGCACUAGACAUACUCUUCAAGGGGGCCGCCAACAAACAACCAGUAAUCUCACAAUCGACCAGAUUUAGGUUUCCUAUUUCGAUCUCGAAUAACCUCCGGCGAGUUGCUGCUCUCAACUUGAUAAUCGAUAUUGAUGAAAUCUCUGAACAGAGCGGACCGAACUUUGAUCGACCCAGGAUCCAAUGUGAAACGUUAGACAUAUUUAACCGAACCCCGCCAUACAGACGGACUAUCCUUGAUGAUUCUGUUCAGUUGAAGACAUGGGACCAGGAACCCGUAGUGGUGGUUUUUCGUCGAGCAUCUGGGAUCUUCCCCUCUGACUCGGUGAUCUCGCUCAUGAGGGACUCAUUCAGUUCUAUCGCGGAAGAACGCAUGGAAGCUCCCACCAGGGAUACGCAUGCUUUGCGUCAUAAAGCAGUGGUGUUUCACCCGACAAGUCCGCUAAUUGCCUUCUGCGCUUUUGGCCCCUUGGGACAACAUCUGCCCCGGAAACCCCAAACGUACGUUUGGGAUUUCAGCAACUAUAACGACAGAGGCUUCCUCGCGUGUCCACCCGUAGUCGGACUCCGCAUAGUUUAUGAGGGGACUCUCGACCUGAUGACUUUCACCCCAGAUGCAGAUUAUGUAUGCGGCAAAGACUUCCACACAGGCCGCCCUGUCAUCGUCAAGGUGGGAGACUGCGCCGUUCCAGGGAGUAUCAACUUUCACGAUCAAAAACAGCGACAAGGGUACGGUUCUGGUCCCAUACAAGGCCCAGAUACCGAUACCACUGGCACACAAACAGAUUUGCAGAUACAGACCCAACAGAAGACCACUGAAAACCUCCUCCAAUACCUAUCCAACCGUGAAGUAAGCCGAGAGUCCCCGAUACAAGUCGGGUCACUGGCUUUGACUCACAGCGGUGAUGGAGUUGGGUACAUAUCACAACUCUCCAAUCUCGAGCACGAGGGAGCAGUUGUUCUGGAGACCUUGGGAACCGAUGGCCGACUGCAGUCUCAGACGCUUACUCGUCUACCUAAUGAACUGCGCUCAAUUAGUCUGCCCACCCUCUUAAACUCGCCAGGAAGCGAGCAGUCGGAAUAUGUCCGGAUCCUGCUGAACAAGGCGGUUCAGGACCGGUAUUCACUCAACGAUAUAGCUGGGAGAUCAGGUAUGCUGCUCCCGGUUAUGCUUGAGCGUUCCCGGGAGAGCAUUCCCACUUAUACCGCCACGAACCAACAAGCGAUAUUGGGCGCUGGAGACCGGGACUUGUUCGCAAAGAGAACUAACAAUAGAAGCAGUUGA